AGAAAAGCUGCAUGUUACAACUCAUGCAAACGGUGCUGCCAGAACGCAGUUUGGCCAUUAAAUUAAAUUAAACAAUUGGUAUAUUACGAAAAAAUGCAAUCUUUGAUAAAUCACUUUUCCAAUACAACGCAAAUAACGAUAAAAGACUUUGUUUACUUUUGCUUCAAUUGGUAACUAACUGUUACAAUUCCUGAGCAUCUGCAUAAUAUUAUCGCCUUUAAUAGAAAUCCGAUUGUGGCUAUCGAAUAUUAAUUAUUAUAUAAUUUUGAAUUGUGAAAUCUGGCAGCUCUGUCAAAUAGUGAUCAACUUGCGACGUGCAGUAAUUUUGUUGAUAUAGCUUUCACGAGUUGUCAUCAAUCUAAAUUCACGGGUAAGAUAUUUUUUACGAAUAUAUAAAAGUAUAAAGAGAAAUGCAUUUUUUCCGUUGCAGGUGUAAUGAGUUCGAAUAAUUAUGCUAUUGUGCAGACGACGAAAAAUGACGAUGUUUUGCUUUCUGUGGUUCCUUCACGUUGGGUACUGAAAAGUGGUUGGAGCAAGGUUCUGCCGGGACUUGGCACGGAUCUAUGCUACUGGCCAAAGGGUGUAGCUGGUUACCGGCUGCUUGAAAAGGCAAAAAAGGAUCCACAAAUUCCACCGGAUGUAAACGUACUGAGUGCAUAUCGGUGCAAAAUCAAACGAAACAAUUUUGCUAGUUACGCUGAGGCGUUUCGCGAGCUGCAAAUUAUGGAAAUUCAUUCGGAUACCGAUGAAUACGAGCCAAAAAAGAAACUGAAGAAAUCAUCAACUGCUGCGGAACUUUUCAAACAAAUCCAAACGAAACCAAGCUCAUCGUGCUCAAAUACGGCUACUGAUUUUGCCGAUGAUACAAGGGACGGUCAUACUGACAACACAGCUAAUCCGGAUGAUUCGUUUUUGGAGCCUUGUCCAAACGAUAUUGUGAUGACAUCACGUUCGCUAUCUCUAAGUGAAACAACAUCUCAUGAGUCUGGAUCGAAGACACCAAUGAUUCAGAGCACAGAUACCGAUGAAUCAACCAUGCGUCAACUUAUGAUUUCACUGCACAAUAAAAUAGACAAGAACGCCAAGCAAAUAGAAUCUCUCAAUCAAUCGCACAUUAGGUAUGGUGCUUUGCUCUCUCAAGUUAACGCUAAACUAGAUGUUAUUGCUACCAAAAUACCGUCAGAGUUUGUGCAUGUGAAAACAGAGAGUUAUGAAUCCAAAAAGAUUCCAUUAACCCCGGUCAAAUCUCUGGAUGACAUGGAAUCUCUGGAGAAACAGUCGAAAAAUGACCAAUUCGUACAAUCUGUUGUUCAGUUUCUUGGUUCAAUGCACGGAAAACACAUAUGUUGGUGA